AUGCCAGGAGGGCCAAAGUCGAGCGAGGCUCAAGAGGCCAACCUCGCCUCGCUCAGCCUCUCGGACGCUGGCAAUCCCGAACAGUCCAGCGCGUCAACAUCAGCUCGUGCCAUCAAUGCUCCUUCCGGAUCAGUCGAUGCAGCGCACAGCAGCGGGAAUCAAGCAGCUUCAAGCAGCAGCACUGCGGUCAAAAAACAGGCGAGGUUAGCAGAUCUGCCAUCAAUCCCACCCUCGGCGCCAAAAGAGCCGGAGAGCGAUGAUGAGCUGGAGCAUGAAGAAGUCGAGGAGACUGUCGAUGCAGCGGGAGAAGAGGAUGCGGAUGCGGAUGCGGACGGUGAGGAGGGAGUAGAAAAUCUGCUGGCCGACUAUGCUGAUGAUGAGAAUGUGAGUGUGCUCUCCACCAUCAGGCUAGGGCGAGCGUAGUCUGGCGUUGCUGCUGCUUUCGCUGCUUUUUACAAUGCUCUAUCUCUUGCUCAUUGUCGCUCUGUCGCUUCCAGUACAUCGACUUGACACACCUCAAGCUCUCCAACAAAUCCUUGAAGCGUCUCAACCUACCUCGAUUCUCAAAAUCUCUGCAUAGAUUAGGCUUGCGACAAAACGAGAUAAGCAAGAUUACUCUGCGCGAUAUUGGCUCCUUGUCCGAAUUGAAGGACUUGGAUCUGUACGACAAUGGCUUGGAAAAGACGUACGGUGAUGUCUUGCAGCAGGGAUGCUCGCAGCUAGAGUGAGUGCGCAAUCAAAAAUGGACGACUGCUCGAAGAGGCGCUUAACAAUAGCAGCAUCACUUGAUGCCUCAGAACGCUCGACUACUCCUUCAACUCCAUUAGGCACAUCUCACACCUGCAGGACUUGGGACAUUUGAGGACGCUAUAUUUCGUACAAAACAAGGUAUCUCGCGUGAGACCAGGCGACCUGGAAGGCUCGAUCGCCACAAAUUUGCGGAGCUUGGAAUUGGGUGGCAAUCGCUUGAGGGUGGGUGUUGCGUGCGCUCAUCAGUCUGGGCCGAUAGCGAGUGCUGACUUCGCAUGCGCACCACUUUGUCAUUUCCUACGCUCAGGCGAUCGAGAACAUCGGUCAGCUGACGCAGCUAGAGGAGCUGUGGCUGGGCAAGAACAAAAUUACAAAGCUAGAAGUGAGUCUAAUGGGAUUUCUGAGCGGCUUCACUGCCCUUCUGACGCCCAUCUGUGCCUCGGUAGAACCUCGACUCUUUGGUGAACCUGCGAAUAUUGAGCAUUCAGUCCAAUCGAAUCACUAAGCUGGAGAACUUGUCGAACCUCGUGAAUCUGGAAGAGCUCUACAUUAGUCACAAUGGACUGACCAAGAUAGAGGGGCUGGAGCAGUGCAGAAAGCUCACCACGCUCGACAUCGGUGCCAAUCGCAUUGCUCGGAUCGAGAACGUGGACCAUUUGAAAGACUUGGAAGAGUUCUGGGUAAGUUUUCAGUCCACGCUACCAGUGCCUUGGUAUUUGUAGGGCAUUUCACGUAAGCUGACACGUGCGACUGUCCAUGCCCCACGCAGGCCAACGACAAUCAGAUUCCAGACUUGAAUGCUCUUGAAGCGCAUUUGGGACCUGAAAAGUGUCCCAAUUUGAACACGGUGUACCUGGAGGGCAACCCGGCUCAGAGAUCCGAAGGACCAGCGUACAGGCGCAAAAUCAUCCUCGCCCUUCCACAGCUCACGCAGAUCGAUGCGACCGCUGUAAGACCGUUGCGCAUCAGCUAG